AUGUAUGCUAGGUUAGCUAGGGCUCUAAACUACAAAGGUUAUUCCAGUUCUCUCAAUGAUUAUUCCAUAUUCUACAAGCAAUCAGGUGAUCUCAUUUCUAUCUUAGCUGUUUACGUUGAUGACAUACUACUCAUAGGCAAUGAUGCAACAGAAAUUGCAUAUCUGCGCACUGAUCCUUCUCAAGGAAUUUUCCUCUCCACAUAUCCCUCUUUUGAUUUACUCGCCUUUUGUGACGCCGACUGGGCGGCUUGUAGAGAUUCUCGUCGUUCUGUGAGUGGUUUUUUCAUCAUGUUUAGUGGAGCUUCGAUCUCAUGGAAAUUCAAGAAGCAGAUUUUCAUUUCCCUCUCCUCUACUAAAGCAGAGUACAGGUCGAUGCGGUGA